AUGACCAAUCAAUUCCAACAACAACAACCAACAAAAGAGAAUCGUAAGGACUUCUCAAAUGUAGACCUGAACAACCCAGAGUCAUUGAUCAACUACCUUCAAUAUAUCUAUGAGGAGCCUUAUACCAAUAAUAUCACUAGGAAGGUAAACUCUGAUCUCGGUCUAUGCAAUGGUGACAAAGUAUUGGAUGUUGGCUGUGGAUAUGGAAAGGACCUCAAGGGAUAUCACUAUCGUGUUGGUUGCAAAGGUGAAGUGGUUGGAAUUGAUAACAGUACUUCAAUGAUCAACCAUGCCAAACGACAGUAUGAAUCUGAUGAGUCCUACUCAAAUAUCAAGUUGAUGGUGGCUUCUGCCGAUGACAUACCAUUCCCUGCAAGUUACUUUGAUGUAUCACGAACAGAAAGAGUAAUGCAACACGUACCUGACCCUGCCAAGAUGCUCGAUGAAAUGAUAAGGGUGACAAAGAAUGGAGGAUUGGUGUCCGUAACUGAUACAGACUGGGACUCUUCACGAUUGUACGUACCUGAAAGGCUCAGAAGUGUACGUGAUAGAAUAUUCAGUGCUAGAUUUAAUGCCAAUCCUGGUAUGGGUUCUGAACUGUUCUCAAUGAUGAAUCCAAGACUAGAGAGGGUAAAGGUACGUGGCAUUGUCCUUCAGGCUACAUCAUUUGAGUUUGCCAAUCGCAUGUUGAUGCUCAAUGAAAGAGCCAAGCGUGCGAUUGAGCAACGUUCUAUCACUCAGGAAGAGUAUGACGAUUGGUUGAGUACAAUGAUCGAUUUGGACAAGCAAGGAAAGUUCUAUCAUAGUGCAAAUUAUAUAUCUGUUCGAGGU